AUGUCUGAAAAAUUCGAUCCAUCCGCCUUCCUGUCUAAGAUCAUUGGCCAGCCGGUGAUAGUGAAACUGAGCAGUGGGCUGGAGUUCCACGGAGACUUGCAGUCAAUUGAUGGUUUCAUGAAUGUGGUUCUGGAAGACACCAAGGAGUACAACAAGGGAAAGUUGACAAAGACAUAUGCAGAUGCUUUCAUUAGGGGUAACAAUGUGAUGUAUAUAUCACAGGCCUAA